GUUGGUUCUAUUUAUUACAUAAAUUGAGUUAAUUUGCAUGCUCUUCAAAUUUUCGAGACGCCCUCACAGUCCUGCACCUUUCUCUUUCGGCUGUUGAUUUUGAUACCAUUUUAAUCAAAGAAUGACCUCUGUUAUAAUUUUUGGAGCUUCGGGCGAUUUGGCCAAGAAGAAAAUAUACCCAAGCUUAUGGGAACUUUUCAAGGACAAGCUACUCCCAGACGGAACCCAAUUUAUUGGAUAUGCGCGAUCUGAUUUGACAGUUGCUGCUUUAAGAUCCAGAGUGGAGCCUUAUUUCAAGGUGAAAAAUGAGCAUAAGGCAGAUCUGGAGCAAUUUUUCAAGCAAUGUUUCUAUGUCAAAGGAUCCUAUGACAAAAAGAAAGAUUUUGAAAACCUUGGUAAAGAACUGGACAAAUUGAACAAAAGUAAAACUGUGAACAGAGUAUUUUAUUUGGCAUUGCCGCCAUCAGUUUUUAAAGAAACAACAACUAACAUCAAGAAUUGUUGUAUGUCUAAAACGGGAUGGAAUCGCGUUGUUGUUGAGAAACCAUUUGGCAAGGAUUUUGAUACAUCUGCAGAUUUGUCCAAUCAUGUUGCAAAUGUAUUUUCUGAGGAACAGAUUUAUAGAAUUGAUCAUUACCUAGGCAAAGAAAUGGUGCAAAAUCUUAUGGUGCUCAGAUUUGGAAACAUGAUCUUCAGUCCAAUCUGGAAUCGAAAUCAUAUUGCCAACAUCACCAUUCAGUUCAAAGAGAAUAUUGGCACAGGUGGUCGUGGUGGAUAUUAUGAUGAGUUUGGGGUAAUCAGGGAUAUACUUCAAAAUCAUAUGAUCCAAACAUUAUGUCUAAUUGCAAUGGAGAAACCAUGUUCAAAGAGUGCCGAAGAUCUUCGUAAUGAAAAGGUGAAAGUGCUGCGUUCCAUGCCUCCAAUUACGUUAGAUAACGUUGUGUUGGGACAGUAUGUAGGUAACCCAGAUGGUGAGGGUGAAGCUAAGGUGGGGUACCAAGAUGAUCCUACAGUUCCAAAAGGGUCUGUCACUCCCACCUUCACAGCAUGUGUUGCUUACAUCAAGAAUGAACGAUGGGAUGGAGUCCCUUUCAUUCUUAAAUGUGGAAAAGCAUUGAAUGAAAAGAAAGCAGAAAUAAGAGUCCAGUUUAAAGAUGUGCCUGGUGAUAUUUUUGGAGGAAAAUGCAGCAGAAAUGAACUGGUCAUACGACUGCAACCUAAAGAGGCAAUAUACAUCAAAAUGAUGGUGAAAGAAGCUGGAAUGUCAUUUGAACCUAUCAUUAGCGAAAUGGACCUUAGUUAUGACUCCAGAUAUAAGGACGCGAAGUUACCCGAUGCCUAUGAAAGACUUAUUCUGGAUGUCUUUUCUGGAAGCCAAACGCAUUUUGUGAGAAGUGAUGAGUUAGCUGAAGCAUGGAGAAUCGUAACUCCACUUCUGCACAAGAUUGAGACUGAAAAGAUUAAACCAACUCCGUACAAAUUUGGAACACGAGGCCCCGAUGAAGCGGACAAGCUCGUGCAAAAAGUUGGAUUUCAAUAUACUGGCCAGUAUUCUUGGAAAAAAGCGUCAAUAUAGAGCAAGCCGUGUGUAAUGUAUAGUUAGAUCUCAAUGUGUCAGAUGAUGCUAAACCCGAUUGUGAACGAACGAAAUAAUUUUUAGAAUGGUCCCACAACAGGAAUAUAAUUUUCUAAUUAUUUACUAAUUAUUUUAAUUAUUUGCACAAUAAUCACGCCAGUAUUCUAGAAGUAUAACUAUAAUCAAUUUCCUACCGAGAAAUAUAUUCUUAGGAGCUGCACGAUGUAGAGAAGAUUGCCAAGUAGAGAGCAUUUGUUGCUUUGCGA